AUGUUCGAUCGUCUGAAAGCUCGUUUUUCACUUCGUAAAACAUCCGAGCCAUCAUGUGAAAAUGAAAUUUCAAAAACCAAAGAAGAAGAACGAGAAGAAUGGGAUCGACCGUUGGAGUUUCUUCUUUCAUUAAUCGGUUGUUCGAUUGGUCUCGGCAAUGUUUGGAGAUAUCCAUACAUUGCGUUCAAAAAUGGCGGAGGUGCUUUUAUUAUACCCUAUUUUUGUAUUUAUUUUCUUAUUGGUACACCACUUUUCUUUCUUGAAAUGUCAUUGGGACAAUUUACGAGUAGUGGUUCAGCAGCUGCUUUUAAAAUGUCCCGAAUGUUCAAAGGACUUGGUUGGACAAUGGUUAUGAAUUCAUUUUUACUUUCAAUCUAUUAUAAUGUUAUAAUUGCCUGGUGUCUUUUCUACUUUUUUGCUUCAUUUCGACGUAAACUUCAAUGGAGUGAUUGUGGAAAUUGGUGGAAUACCCAACAAACACUAAAUUUUUCAAAUUUGACUGUUUUCUGCAAAAGUAUUCAUUAUCAAACAAAUUGUACAAUGCCGAGUCUUCCACCAGAAGAAUAUUUUGAUAAUUAUGUUUUACGACGAAGUGAUUCACUUGAUAAAUUGGGUUCACCUAGUUGGUCUUUAUCAUUGUGUUUAUUAUUAGCUUGGAUUCUUGUUGGUCUUUGUAUAAUUCAAGGUAUUGAAUCGUCGGGCAAAGUUGUUUAUUUUACUGCAUUAUUUCCUUAUGUUGUCAUUUUUGCUUUGAUCAUUCGUGGUGUAACCUUACCGGGUGCCCGAGCAGGUCUUACAUUUUAUUUGAAACCUAAUUGGAAUAAAAUUCGAGAAUUCGAUGUUACAUUUUCUUUGGCGGUCGCAUUUGGUCCUCUUCUCGGUUAUGCUAGUUUUAAUAAAUUUAAAGCAAACUAUCUCAGGGAUUGUAUUAUUGUUACCGCUUGUGAUUGUUUUACUUCAAUAUUUGCUGGUCUUGCAAUUUUUUCAAUUCUUGGUUAUAUGUCACUAAAAACUGGUUUACCUAUUGAACAAGUGGCUAAAGGUGGGCCGGGCCUUGCAUUUAUUGCUUAUCCACAAGCACUAUCAAUCAUGCCAGGUGGACCAUUUUGGGCUGUAGUAUUUUUUUUUAUGCUACUCACUCUUGGACUCGAUUCUCAAUUUGCUUCCGCUGAUGUUAUAAUCUCUGGUUUACUCGAUUCAUUUAAACAAUUACGUCGUCAUAAAAUCUUUGUAACAAUCAGUUAUUGUAUUGUUUGUUAUUUACUAGCAUUACCAAUAUGUGCCCCGGGUGGAAUUUAUCUGUUUACAUUAAUGAAUGAAUAUGCAUGUAAUUUAUCUGUAUUUACAUGUGCAUUUAUUGAAUUUGUGCUUAUUGCCUAUAUCUAUGGUUUUAAUAAUUUCAUGGACGAUAUUCGAAUGAUGUUAUGUAAAAGACCUUUAGAACCUUUUUGGUUUUUUACUUGGUGUAUUUCUGGUCCACUAAUUACUCUAAUCAUUCUUUUUUCGUUGGUCAUUCAAUUUCGAGCACCGAUCGAAGGCAAUUAUGAAUAUCCAGCAUAUGCCAAUGCACUUGGCUGGCUUAUGGUUUGUUCAUCACUCAUCUUCAUUCCGAGUAUUAUGAUUUAUGAAUUUAUCAAAGCAUGGAAAAUAACAGAUAGUCCUGAUUAUCAAGUUGCUGAAAAUAUGCCGCAUUACUUGAGAAUGUUGGUCUAUGCAAGUGAACCAGAUAUUGAAUGGGGACCAGCAAAACUUGAAAACCGUUAUGGUCGUUAUGAACCAAAAAUUGAUCAAACGGGUAUUAAUCAUGGUGAUAAUAAUUUGACUGUUGAAUCUAAAAGUACUUUUCAUUUAGAAUUAUAA